GCCGACAGAGGGCGCUAUAAACAGCUCGUCAGCUGUAUAUCUUGCAAGGGUACCGGGUCGUCGCGGACCGACCAUAUUACGCUAGAGCUACGGUCGGAUCGUGACUUCUAGAGCUGAGAACUUGUGUGAUGCCACUUAAAUUCCUGUCGGCGAUAGGUAUACAUUGAGGCGUGGAACUCCGUGCAGAAGUCAACAUGGUGAAAGGAGCCUUGCUUGGUGCCAGGGCAAAGUUUGCAUCAUUUAUCAGUCUUUUUAUCCUUGUCUUGGUGCCGGAGAGUGAUUCUGUAUUGCGAGGUCACAGACAGGAACUAGGUAGACACUGUGACCCCAUUGGUCACAUUGAGGUUCUUGAAACACUGCCCUCACCUGGGGUGUUCUGGGAUCGUUAUGCGAGCCAGCGUCAUCCUGUCCUCCUCCGAGGUGCGGCAAGACACUCCCGGGGGAUGAAGCUAUGGUCAGAUGAAUAUCUCGCUCGAACUUACGGUGACCUCAAGGUGAAGAUCGAAUCAAAGGCCGAGAAGGACACUUCGCCAACAGGAGCCAAGGGGCUUGGGCAGGACACGCUCGGAAGCUUCCUGGCUGCUUAUCAGAUGAGAAAUGCCUAUGUUGUUUCGCAGCUCCCCGACCCCAUGGCUAGCGAGGUGUCCGUGCUCCCGUUUCUGACAUGCGGAACGUUCAGGGAGAGGAUCCUGGAGGCAAACCUUUGGAUGAGUAGCGGGGGUACCAAGAGCCUACUUCACCGGGAUGCUGACAAUGCCAUCAACUGUCUCUUCGCUGGACGGAAGGAUUGGAUAUUCAUUCAUCCAUCCUUUGAGGAUCGCAUCCCCAUCGCCAAGGAAGAUGUGGAAGCAUACGGCGGCUUUGCCCUGCUGGAUCCAGACAGUGUUGAUCUGGAGAGAUUCCCGGCCUUUGCUGACGUGGACUGGUCCUAUGCAAACAUUACAGCCGGAGACUGUCUCUUCUUGCCCUACGGUUACUGGCACCAGGUUCGCUCAUACGAGAGAAACCAAGCUGUCUCUGUCCUCUUUUCCCGAUUGACCGAGGUUGACUUGAGCGAUUGCCAUGACAAUGACCUACACUACACUCCACUAAGUGAGGUUAACAUGGUGUACACCUAUGACGGAUAUGGUGAUCAGACAAUGGGCGAUACCGAUCCCUUCGAACUCAAUGACACUUUGAAGGAGUGGUGCGCCAAUUACCCUGGAGCUCUGGACUGGUCUGGUUUGCUAAUGGGACUUCUCAAGGAGUAUGGUUUGGAUAACACAGAUGACCCAACCCCCAACCACAUACUGAACAGCAAGCACAGAGAGUUUGAAGAAGGCAUUGAGGAUAAAUCAAAAGCUGACGUGAUCAGACCAAUGCUAGCAGAAGCGACAGAAAAGAUGAUAGACAUCUUGGACACCAAUCAUGAUGGUCAGGUGUCCUGUGACGGUGAACUAAGCGGUCUGCCCCUGAGCACCCUGAAGACUCUGGCCAACAUCCUGGACGGCGACAGUGCCAACACAGAGGAUCAUGAAUAUGUCAGCUUCUCACCUCAAGCCAUCAGGGGCUUCCUGAUGGAGUGCAUGCAGCGAGCCGACACCCACUCCAACGGGGAGCUGGCAGGGGCAGAUUUCUUGGACCUCUACCAGGCAUUUGGCGGCUCUAUCAAAGGAGGGAAAGAGGUGCUCUCUGUUUUGGAUGAGGAAGGCAACGGAUUCAUCUCCAGAGAGGAGCUUCACAGCAACUUGGAGAAAGUGCUGAUGAUGUACAGCAAGAAAGCGAAGCCUGAUUCAUCAAAUGUGUUGUGGGAGAGAGAAAAGGAGAGACUGCACAGCAAGGAUCUGGAUAAUAGGCUAAUGGAGGACCAGCAAGAAUGGGAGAAACACAUCCACGAUGACUUGUAGCUUGAACUCUUGACAUCUGACCCCUUGACCAGGGCGUGCGAGCAGCCGAGUCAUUCUACAUCGAGAAAGCACGUCCUCAUUACCUGCAUUGCGUGGACAUUGUUUGUCUCCAGGUCCACACUCGAAAUAUCAUGCUUUGUAACCAAAACUAAAAAUGGGGAGCAAGGAAUGUCCUAACAACUACAGUUUUUCCACAAUAAAAUUCUUUCACAUGACAUGGUCCUGUCUAGGUCAGAGCACUUUCCCUGUAGGACCAUGCACUCUGCAUGUGCAUAUACUUCAAGUGGAAUGGCAAUGUGUGGCACAUACCGGUAUGUGUCAUAUUUCCCAUAAAAUGUGAAUCUUUGUGACAGUAUAGAGGGUUUGCAUGGCUGCCAUCUUGCAGGCAAGUGCUUUUGUUCCACGGGGUAUGCAGAAAAGAGCUGUCUUACAACAUGACUACCACACAAAGCCUCUGUAGGAGUGCAUGUAAUUCUCAUUGAUUGUAAAUGGGGAUUAAAGAACACCCUGCCUCAACAAUUGAACAGUGCUGCAACUGCACACCAUUUUAACUGAAAUGACUUUUUACAAAUUUUGCUGAAAGAUGAACACACCGUUUGACAGAACCCUUAAGUGCCUCUCAUUUUUUUUGUACUGUACCUGUUGGUCUUUCUGCUACACAAAGCACAUAAGACAACUUCUCCCACAGGUACAUUAAGGUAAAAGCACUGAUAAGUUGUGGUAAUGUACAAUAUAGAGCCUGGUGUGUUGUGCUGACCCAAAGCUCAGUGUUGUUUCAAUGAACUUUAAAAAGUGCAUUCCGUAGAUAAAAUAGGUAACAGUUUAGGGAACGUUUCAUAAUUACAGAAGGCGGUAUUUACUGCGGUACCGCUGUUUUUUUGCGGUACCAGCAUUAAGCCCUUUCGGGUAACUAGUGCGGUGCCACUAAAAAAAAGCGGUACCGCAGUAAAUACCGCCUUCAACAACUAUGAAACGCUCCCUUAUUUUGCGCUUGUGGUAUUUUCUAGAUGUGGUUGGGGAAACCUGAAAUCAUAAUGGGAAGUGAAUAGAAGCCUAACAGUCGCUUUGUGUUUUUAGUAUGGGUAGACUAAACCUAACAGUGACAGAAACUAUUUGCUCCUCUUUGGUCUUGUCUUGUCCACAUUUACUUUUUAAUUUUGUGGGAUCUUUAAAAUACUGCAUAUUUUUGUAUAAUUUGAAGAGAGAUAAAAUAAUUUAAAAAACACGAUUAAAUGGGCACUCACAACUGAGAGUGAUUUUGCACUUCACCAUUGUUAGGGAAUGAUUCAUAGAACACGAGUACUCAGUUUUUAAAUGUAUUUUAUACCAUUUAAAAUGAAGAGAACAAAUUUUGCUAGUUUAGUGUAGCUCAGAGUACAUGUAUACAUUUAUUUUUAUACAUGUGAUACUGUAAUAGCCCAAAUAAUAAAGCAGUUAUGAAGGAAAGAAUGUGA